UGUAUAGAAAGGGCAGACCCUAUAUGGAGUGGUAAGUAUGUAAAAUUUCUACAAAAAGUACCGGGCCACCGGCACAGGCAGAGAGACAGUGGAGAAGGAUGAGGCGCCUAAGAUGGGCGGUAGACGGUGGCGGAUGGGAGCUGGACGUGGAGGCGCCUGUGACGAUGGAGGGGAUAGCGCGAGCGGUACCAGGGGACCCGCUUCCCUUGGGGGUCUCCCGCGGUGGCCGCCUUUCUCGCUCCAAGCAGCUCGAUUUCCAACAUCGCUUCAUGGCUUCACCUAUCGUUCCCUCCUUUGCCGGCGACCCCACUAACGGAGGCCAGGGUCUCCUUCUCCAUCAUGCCCACGCUUUCCACAUCCGUGAUAAUUGGUCUGUAACUGUAUUGGAGCAGUUCAAUCUGCAGAAAUUUGUGGCUUCACUUAAAGAAACAGCAUCAAAUAAACUUAAGGGUAUCUCAUUGCCUAAGACUGUAGCAAGGAAUAUUAUUGAGUUUCUUUCUCUCGGCUGUGGUACGGAAUUCUUGAUUACUCCGGAAUCUUCUUUACUUCUUGAAAGUUAUAAUGACAAAAAGAAGAGGCGUGGCAAAGCAGUUUUUCUACAUAAGCUUCAAAGACAUAACUUGAUGCUGGAGGCAGCUUGCCCUGGACUCUUUGUGGACAGAAAGGGGACAUAUUGGGAUGUCCCAUUGUCAAUGACUGUUGAUCUUGCUUCAGUUACAUUAGGUUCUGGUCUGAGUUACCAUUUACUGUUACAACACAAUAGCGGACAACCUCAGCACUUUGGUGGUAAUCAAACAACUGAGGCGCCUAUGUCUCUGCUGCCUGGUUUGUGUGCAAAAGCAGCCAUUUCCGUGAAGAAACAUGUAGAGUUUUGGAGAAACGAGGAAGGAAAGCUGAAAUUGGUUCAACCGUACGACGUAUUUCUUUCAAAUCCUCACAUCUCUGGAGUUGGUAUACUUGGUGCUGCGGCAAGUGCAUCACUGGGAGAAAAUUCAGCAAGAUGUGUGGAAGAAACGCUUCAAAGUUGCAAUUCAUUCAAUUUAUGUUUCCAAAGAAAUAAUUUUGCACUCUUUUCAGAUUUAUUUGCAUCCGUUACUUUUAAAGCACAACUUGGGAAUUUCCAGCGGUUUUUUUUAGAUCUUACAAAAUUUGAUGCUCGACUAGAUUUCCCUUCAGGCGCCACAUUUCUAUAUGGUGCUGUGUCUCUAGCUAAGAAAUUUUACAAUUCUCAGAAGCCUGAUGCAUUAGUAAUCCGUGCUAUAUGCCCAGAUUUGAGGGUUUCUCUUCAGCAACAG